AUGUUGUAUCUUCUCGACGAAGACUUGUGUUAUUUUGGAGGUGAAGUUAAAUAUCUGGACUGGAUAGAUCCAGAUUGCUUAUCUUUGUUUGAAAUGGAUGGAUAUCUUGUUGAGUUUGGCUUCUCAGAAAGUGUCAGAAUGAUGGAGGAAUAUAGGCUGAAGAAUGGUUGGGCAUACUAUUGGAGACUACCAGGAGAACGACUGAAGGAAGGGCUACAAGAAUUGAGAAGUGACAAAGACAUUAUGGACAUGGCUGCAAAGGUUAUUCAAGUCUCUAAGUUUGUUGAGGUUUACCUGAUCAAUAAAGAAGAAUUGACUAAAGCUAACCUAGAAGCAGACAAAGGAGAAAAUGAAAUAGAAGUUGGCAGAGACAUUCUCCAAAGCCCACUUGAAGUACGACAUGAUAUGGCAGAGGCAUUCUCCCACAACAAUGGAACUGAUGGUGGCAUUGAUGGUGGCAGCAAGGGAAUGAAUGAGGCAGAAUAUGAUUUUGCCUGCCAAAACAAUGCAGGGGAGGCUGAAAGAGAAGGUGACAGCAGGGAACUAGUUGAAAUUAAUAUUGAUGACAAUGUGGAGAGUGAUCUUGAACGAGGUUUGGUUGCUGAUUUUGAGGCUAGUGAUGAAAAUAUGGAGUGGCAAAGCAGUGAUGGGGAGGGUGGCAGCCAUGACAUGUAUAUUGAUGAUGUAUUUGAGGUUCCUGAAGAGGAUGAAGCAUAUGAUUCAAAUUACCUAGGCAGCGUCCAUUCAGAUGAAGAAGACGAACAGCAAAGGGUUCCAACUCGUUCAAGGUACCCUGAGUUCAAUCCAGAGAAAGACAUGAAUGAUCCCCAGUUCUGUCUGCACCAAAUUUUCAGGGAUAAAGACACUUUCAAGGAUGCUGUGAAGAACUACUCUAUCAACAACAAACAGCCACUCAAGUUUAAGCAUAGUGAUAGUAAACGAGUUCAAGUUGUAUGCCAACCAGGAUGUCCAUGGAACAUAUGGGUAGCCCCAACUGAUGAUGGAAAGGUAGUUCAGAUAAGAUCAUGUUGUCUAAGGCAUGAGGGUUGUGUCUUGGUGUUCAAGAACACAUUUGGGGAUGCUAAUUUCAUCGCCAAAAGAUACAUACAGAGGUUUCAGGCUGAUCCGGAUAGGUGA